AUGACGAAGACUGCCUCUUCGUCGCCAGCCCUUCGCCAUCUCCUAGGCGACAUGGACGAUGCGGCGGGGAGACACGGCAUCAUACCUCGAAGGGUCAAGGCAUCUCUGGAGAAGCACAUCGAGACGACCGGCCAGUUCGACCGUUUACACGAACACAUGUUCUGCGAAGACAGCACAUGGCAUCACAGUUGUCCAGACGGCGAAGACCUCCUCCGUCGAGCCGUACGCAUUGCUUCCCGCUCCGCCAAAAGCUCACGCAUGCUCAGCGACGAGCUGGCAUGGAACAACCACGUGCACUCUCUCCUUCUCGAUAUGCUCGUACAUGACAUGCAGGACGGUCCGGGCCAGGACGUGUUCGACUUCCUGUCUUGCACGACGACCAGCAUUGAGCCAACCUACCAUCGCUUCCCCGAUGCCGCGAGCCGCGUCGACUAUGUCUUCCAAUUCCUCCCCGAGCACGAUCCUACAAUAUCGUCAGAUGGCGACGUCUUGCCGGCGGCGUGCCCCUGCUUCAAUUGGACGACCGACCGACUCUUGCAGCAGUGCCCGUUGGGCAUCAGCAUCGAAACUAAGCGUUACGGCGGCGACACGGUCAAGGGCGAGCAGCAGCUGGGCAUAUGGCAGGCCGCGCACUGGGAGUUUCUCGUGUCGCGCGUCGGCCAAGACGCUGCGGAAGGACUCGAGUUUCUGCCCGGCAUCGUUGUCCAAGGCCAGACUUGGUCGCUUGUCGUGAGCACGAGGCGCCGAGGCGCGACGACGAUACUGUGCAGCGUCGAGUUUGGCAACACUGGUUCCGUCGUCGGCGUCUUUCAGGUCCUCGCCGGCCUGCGCCGCCUCCGCCGUUGGUCGCUCGACGUCCUGUGGCCGUGGUACAAGCGCCAUCUACCCGGUUUGCAAACCCACGACGUCCAAGGGGGUUGA